UUGAUUCGCUUAGAAUAUUCUAAACGUAAACAACAAUUUUGUAAUUUGCCAUUUGCCGCUUUAAUUACCCGGAAAUGUCCAUGCAAAAGGCCAAAGUCAUAAACCAGAAGGAGUACCUCAAAAAGUACCUCUCCGGCGACAAGGAGAAGAAGAAGAAAAAGAAGGAGAAGAAGCACAAGAAGGCCGCCAAGGUGAAAAUCAUCGAUGACGAUGCCUACGAGAACGAUGACCGCGAAAUGGACGAGGACCUGAUACUGGGCGGCGAGGAUGCUCCCCAAAUUGUGGCCGAAUACAUCGAGGACGAUCCCAAUGCGCGCAGCAAGUGGCGCAACAUCGCCGUCAAGGACGAAGUCAAGGAGGAGCACGAGGGAUCCUCGCCAGCACCUGCCAUUCGCAUCAAACAGGAGCCCUUGGAUGAGGAGCAGGAAAUGUGGGGGCGCAAAGCCUCGGUAGUUAAAAUUAAGGAUGAGUUCUCUCCGUCAAGAAGAAGUCCUCCGGUUAAAAUCAAGCAAGAAAGGGAUUUGAGCCCAGUGAGGUCGAAAAGGCAACCGAAACGGGAACCGAGUCCUCACAGGAGGACAAGGGAUCGAUCUCCGAGUCACAGAAGGGCGGAUAGCUCGGAUCAGAGUCCUCCCAGAAGAGGAAGAGAUGCAGAUCAAUCACCACCACGAAGAAAACGUAGAAACUCAAAUCACAGUCCACCAAGAAAAGCCAGAAAUGGCCACCAAUCGCCACCAAGAAGACAAAAAGACAAAGAUCAAUCGCCGGCAAGAAAAAGAAGAGAUUCAGAUCAGAGUCCUCCUAGAAAAAGGAACGAGAAGUCAUCACCAACCAGAAGGAGAAGAGAUUCCGAUCAAAGUCCACCCAGACGUCGUAGAAGUAACUCCGACCAGAGCCCACCCAGAAGAAAUAGGAAUAAGGAUUCAUCUCCACCUAGAAGGAGAAGAGAUUCCGACCAAAGCCCAUCUAGAAGACGUAAGGCCGACAAUCAGUCUCCACCAAGAGGGAGAAGAGAUUCUGACCAGAGCCCGCCCAGAAACAGUAAAGACGACGACCAAUCUCCUGUUCGAAAGAGAAGAGACUCCGAUCAAAGCCCACCUAGAAGACGUAGAGAUGAUAAGCAAUCGCCAGCAAGGAGGCAAAAGAAAAACGAUCAGAGUCCGCCAAGAAGACGACAGAAUGAAGAUCAGUCUCCACCAAGACGAAGACGCAACUCGGACCAAAGUCCGCCCAGAAAACGAAAUAAAUCCCCAAGUAGUCCACCCAGGAACCGUAGAUCAUUUAGCAAGGAUCGCGAUCAAAGUCCUCCGCCCCGUAAUCGCUUCAAAGAAGAGAGGAAGAGUCGCUGGGCCAAGGCGUCGCCUAGCAAAUCACUUUCACCGCCACCCACGCACAAGCCCAAAUCCACCAAGACUCUAGAUGGCAAGAAAGCAGGGCUGCAGGAUGCGCAAUCCUUAAAAAAGGAAACAGACGAAAGGCGGCGACAAGAGCAUGAUCUGUUCGAGAAAAUGUCAACGGAGAUUUCUGGCCGGGAUGGGGAGGUACAGAUGCGGAGCACUGGAAGAAAGGGUCGCAGGGCACGGGAUGCAGCCAACGAGGAUCCCGCCGAACAGCGCCGCAAGGAAGAGCAUGAGAAGAAAAAGAAGGAGCUGUAUGAUCGUUGGGGCAAGGGCCUAAAGCAAAUAGAAGAUCGAAAUACCCGCCUCGAGGAGAUGGCCCAUGAAGCCUCCAAGCCGGUGGCGCGCUACGCCAACGACGAGGAUCUGGACAGGCAUCUCAGGGAGCAGGAGCACGCUGACGAUCCGAUGCUGGACUAUAUGCGCCAAAAGCGCAAGAAACGCGAUCAGCUGGACAAUAAGCCGGUAAUGCCCAAGUAUGAGGGCAGCUUUCCAGAGAAUCGCUUCGGAAUCCGGCCCGGAUAUCGCUGGGAUGGCGUGGAUCGAUCCAAUGGCUAUGAGCAGCGGUGGUUCGACAAGCAGAGCGAACGCCGGGCGAUGCAGGACGAGGCCUACAAGUACAGCGUGGAGGAUAUGUAAAUGUUCAAACCCAUUAAUUCCUCACUUGUUGCAAUAAAGAUUUCACAACUGCCUGUAA